AUGACUGACGUGACAACGCCGUUCGUUGGUCACCUCAGCAGUCAAGGAACGUAUCGUUAUCCUCACCAGCCGAGCCUUUCUCUGAACUCUGCAUCACAGAGUACUGCCAUCCCAUAUAAAUCAUCUAUCAAGGUGAUACGACGAGUCAACGGUUACGUCACAAGUCUGCGAGCAGGGCGGAAACAGGCUACUGGUCCCUAUCGGUCGACAUUGGAAGAGUGUCUCCUCGAUCGAGAGCGGAUUCGUAGAGUGCAACGCGAAGGAGGCCUGUCUAAUGCUCAGCUCCUGGAUGUAGUUGAAGAGAUGAAGUGUGCCGCAGAAGGUAGCGGUGCUAGCAGGUUUGGGUCUCGCAGGAAUCAGAAGUCGGAUUAUACGGCACCAGUGGGGGUAAGACGUAUGAACAAGGGUUUCCGAGCCAGUGUCAGAGUCGAUGGUCGUGAGGUUUAUGGCCCUUUGCGAACUGAUGUGGAAGAGGCGGGCAAGGACAGAGCUGAGAUGCUGGGCUUAAGGCAUGCAUUGGAUGUCCCUAAGAUGAGGGAAUUCGUCAAGUCGUUAGCGAGCAGAAAGGCCAGGAUCGAUCUGACCAGCGGAACCUCGAUUGCCGAGACAGGGUCCGCACGACGGAAGCAUUCUCAUGUCCUGCCAACGCAGCUUGGAUUAUGAGUCUUUUUCAGAUAUGUUGUUCAAAGAAAACUUCGUAUUUUGCUUCCUUGUAAAAUUAUAUAAUUUUCACUCUCAGAAU